AUGGCGUAUGACCGUUAUGUAGCCAUCUGCAACCCGCUGCACUAUAUGCUCACCAUGUCCCGCCAGCGUUGUUACCAGCUGCUGGCUGGGGUGUGCGCUAUGGGUUUGAUGGAUGCACUGAUACUUACAUGUUCUAUAUUCCAACUGUCGUUCUGUGGCUCCAACAUUGUCAGGCAUUACCUGUGUGAAAUGCCCCAACUGUUGCUGCUCUCUUGCUCUGACACCCGCAUAAGUGACAUUGUGCAAUUGGCUUCUUUGUGCUGUGUUUUAAUAAGCAGCGCUUUGACCAUCCUUCUGUCCUAUGUCUUCAUCAUCUCCACCAUCCUGCGGAUCUACUCUGUCAGAGAUAUUGAGUGUCUCUUGCUGGCUGUGAUGGUGUAUGACCAUUAUGUGGCCAUCUGUAACCCACUGCUCUAUACGGUCACCAUGUCCAGGCAGAGGUGUAUCCAGCUGGUGGCUGGGGCACUUUCUUGCUCUGACACCCAGACCAAUGAGAUUGUGUCAUUUGUUUCUAUGUGCUACACUGUAGUGAUCAGUGUUAUGACCAUCCUCCUCUCCCAUGUCUAUAUCAUCUCCACCAUCGUGCAGAUCCGCUCUGCUGAGGACCAGUGCAAAGCCUUCUCCACCUGCGCUUCCCACUUGUGUGUGGUGGUCAUAUUUUAUGGCGCUCUCCUUUUUAUGUAUUUCCGACCCACCUCCAGCUAUUCCAUGGACACAGACAAAAUGACCUCAGUGUUUUACCCGCUGGUGAUCCCCAUGUUGAACCCCCUCAUCUACAGCCUGGGGAACAGGGAGGCGAAGGACGCCCUGAGGAAAGCCAGGAACAAACUCUUAACCAAUUCUUGCAGUGGAAACAGAUGA